CUUGCUCGACUUUGCUUUGUACUCUUCUUAGUUCUUUCAAUGCUCUCUCUUAUGAAAUCAAUCCCUCAAAUGAAUUUCCUUAUGCUUUCAAUUUCUCUUCAUGAGGUUUUGAUUGAAAGUUUCAUCAAAAAUUUGAACUUCAUUGGUUGUUGGUGAAGAUCCGUACAGUUCGGUCAAAGAAGAAAUCAAGGUCGUCAAACUCAAUUUCUAUGCGGUGUAUGACAAAUUGUAGCCAUUUGAAAACAAACCUGUGAAGGGUGAAGUUGAUCUGGAAGACCCAAUAACUUUCUAAGCCCACUUCAAAACAAAAGCCCAUGGUGAAAAACCCUUGAUCUGACAAAAUAUCUACAUCAUUUCCUCCAAGAGUUAGGUGAGGGAAAGAAAAGUUAGCUGCCGUUUCUAGUUGUAGAGAGGAACCCAAGCCGCCGCGCCAAUUUUUGAUCAAGAACUGCAUCCAACUUGUCUCCGGCGACGUUAAAAUCAAGAUCUAUCGAAGGAAGCUCCAAACGUGAGUGGAUCUAAUCGGAUCUGAAAUCCGAAAAUUAUUGGCAGCAAAAUAUUUUCAGUGUGGUCGUAUAGAUUGAAGGUAUAUUAAAUCCUUGGGGUCACUUUGAAGGCGUUCUUGUGCUUGUAAGCUACCUUCGUUUCUGUUUUAUUGACUCCGAAUUGUUCUCUCUGCUUUCUUUCACGAUUGUUGAUUUUUUUCGUUAGUGUGGAUCACUGUCGCUGUCAUCAACCGCUCAAAUUGAAUGCUCUGAUUCUAAAUUUAUGUCAUUUAGUAUUUGGUAACACCUUGCAUAUUUGCGAGAGAGUUGAGUUUAACUUAAGUCAUCAUUGGUUGUCCCUGCUUUGCUUCAUUGUUAUUAUGGCUCUCCAAACGUAUGCUCAUUCCCAGCUCUCAGGACCUCACCUCACUGCCUUAUCCUCCAUACUCUCUUCCUACUCAACUAGUGAGAUUCGACUCCCUCUAACUUCUACUACUUCAAGACGACGCCAUCUUCGUCUUGUUUGCUCCAGCAGUGAUGCUAAUAGUAAUAAGAAGGGAGUACCCAAUUCCAACUAUGUUGUUCCACUUAAUAAAUCUUUUUCCCCAGCUAACUCAUCUUGCAUCACUCGACCCCUUGCUGAGAUCCUCCGCGAUCUAAACAAGAGAAUCCCCGAUAACAUCGCUCAGAAAGCCCCUCAUUCUGACACCAAUGAUCGUUCUCCUGCCACUUUCAUCCCUUGGUUUCAUGCUAAUAGGAUGUUGAGUUUCUAUGCCCCUGGAUGGUGUGGAGAGAUACGAGAUGUCAUAUUUUCAGACAAUGGUAGUGUAACUGUGGUAUAUCGUGUGACUGUUCGAGGAUCGGAUGGAGAAGCACAUCGUGAAUCGACAGGAACUGUCUCAGCUACUGAUAGCAAUAUUGAGGAUCCUGUAGCUGCUGCAGAGGAAAUAGCUUUUUGCAAGGCUUGUGCGAGAUUUGGCCUCGGUUUGUACCUCUAUCAUGAAGAAUGAAUGAAGCAAACAACAGAACGAUGCCAUACUUCCCCGACGUGUAAUAAAGUUUUUUUAGUUUCAAUAUUUUGUAGAAAUGAGUACAAUCUUGGCCUUGAGACACUUGAGAAGUGUACAAUAGUAGUUUUAGAUGAUUCUGUGGAGCUUGAACUUUAGCAAAGUCAUGUAUGGAUACUUCCAUACCAUGUUGCUGAUUUACAUCUUUUCCAUUUACACGUGUACUCCAUUUCAAAUAUGCAUUUUCAGUUUUACCCUUUUCAAAUGGAUUAUUCACAGUUGCUUUUACUGUUUGAGGCAA